UAUUAUACGUUCUCUGUCUGCAGCAGCUGUCAAGCAAUUCGAUGAUUUUAGAUUUUCUUCAGUCAUUCGUGACAUUUUCUGAUUUUUGGAUCGAAAAUUAUCUGGUUUAGGUGUGCAAUUCAAUUAACAAAGCAAAACUUAAAACCAAACAAAAGAUGAAAAGUGUAGUGAUUGUGUUGCCUGACAAAUAUUUGAACGCCAAAAUUAUGUACUAAAUAAGCUGAAAAUAAUAAGUAAAUGUUCUAUAAAUACAUUUUCCAUAUUAUUUUAACCGAAAGUGAUAAGAGGUGUAAUUCGUGAUACACAACUGAUAACCAAUACCCCCUAGUGCAGCAUUCGGAUACAGUAGCGAGCAAAGCAAUUAGUUGACCCAUAGAUGAAGUUGUUGCUAUUUCUUUGAAUACCUUAACACAUAUUUAGUGGUCUGAAGUAAUAGCAACGCAAGUGAAAGUGUAUACGCGUUUGGAAAUACAAAAAAAGCAAACGGUAUUGAGCAAUAACACAAAGACAAUUGGUACUGCAUAAAACUUAAAACUGCGAGGCUAAAAACAGUUGUUUCGGAUUUUGCUAUACUUUUGCUGGUAUUGUCAGCACAUCUUAGCGGAAACGAUAGUUUCCAACAUUUGUGUAUUUUUCUAAGCCUAUUUUUCCAACUUUUAUCGUUACUGCUAUUGGGAAGCCAAUCAUUGUGUGUAGCCUUGUUAGCAAUUUCACUCAAUUUGCUUCAUUAUAUUACGCGAAAAGUGAACGUAAACGUGAACGAUCUUCGUCGCACCAUCGACAACAGUUGGUCUACACGCUGCCGGUACCAUACACAUACCGCUGGGACCUAGCAAAUAGAAACUUGUCAUUGUUGGGCUUUUGUUGUGUUAAAUUUUUUGGUUUUUGUUGAGUGUUUUUGACAUUAUAAUUAAACAUUUGGAAUACGCGAAAAUACUUGUUUGUGAGGCGAAGAGAAGUUAAAGAUUUUAUUGAUACGAAGAUAACGUCGUUUGAACAACGAAAUGGGGCUUUUAAUAUCAAAAAUAUGGAGUAUGUUCGGUAAUGAAGAGCACAAAUUAGUAAUGGUUGGCUUGGAUAAUGCUGGCAAAACUACAAUACUCUAUCAAUUCCUUAUGAAUGAAGUCGUACACACCAGCCCAACAAUUGGUUCAAAUGUCGAGGAAGUAGUGUGGCGAAAUAUACACUUUCUUGUGUGGGACUUGGGUGGACAGCAGAGUUUACGUGCUGCGUGGAGCACCUACUAUACAAACACGGAGUUCAUUAUAAUGGUCAUUGAUUCGACAGAUCGUGAACGCUUGGCUGUGACGCGUGAGGAAUUGUAUCGCAUGUUGCAGCAUGAGGAUCUGUGUAAAGCCAGUCUAUUAGUUUAUGCAAAUAAACAGGAUCUCAAAGGUGCUAUGUCAGCUGCGGAAAUUUCACGUCAAUUGGAUUUAACCUCGAUUAAAAAACAUCAAUGGCAUAUACAAGCAUGUUGUGCGCUCACUGGCGAGGGACUUUACCAGGGGCUCGAGUGGAUCGUGCAACGCAUCAAAAAGAAAUGACAGACGUCACAUAUGGACUGCGAUAGUAUAUAGCUAAUUAAAUAAUACAAUUUUAUAUAUGUAUAUAAGUACGAACGCGUUAUGUUAAUAACAAAAUGUAAUACAAUAUUAAAGUAAAAAAUAGAAAAUAACAGAAAAAAACAGCAAAACAAAUAUCUGUUAUAAAAAUACGCAUAGAUUAAUAAACGCUACUAAACGUAGCAUCAAUUCUUAGCAAAUAAACAUAUAAACAAAUACGAUGAUAAGUUAAUAAAAUACAUAACAGCAUAUUAUGAGCGUAGCAUUAAUAAAAAUAUUUCUAGAAUUAGUAUUUUUAAUGAAAUAGCUUACAUGAAAAUGAACAAAACAAUUGGUUGUUGAAACUUUAUAUAAAAUCAAUCAAUGACAGCAUUUGUCUGCAGCAUAAAUCUGUAUGUUCGAAUUGUUUUACAUUUCGUGUGUUUAAUUAUUUCACAUUUUGGAUUAAUUAUAGUUUAAAAUAAAUUUUUUAUUUUCUAAGUAAAAAUGAUUUUAUAAUUUAAAAACUUAUUUAGUAAUCCUAAAAGUAAAAAAAAAACAUCAAAAAACUAACUACGUGUGCGUGAGUAUCGCGGCAGCUGGCAAAAGAUAUUUUAACGUACGUAAUGCAAACAAACGCCACAAAUUUGGCUAAUAAUAUACUAGUUUUGUUGACAAGUUGCAUUGCAUUGUAUUUAGAGCAAAAUAAAUCUUCCAUUUAACAAUUAAAUUCUAAAUAUGUACAUAUACAUAUACUACAUAAAGUAAAAAAAAAAUGUGUGACCAACGCACCAGUUACAACUACACUCAAAUUUAUUUAAAAAUUAUUAAGCACUGGGCUGCAAUUAUUCAGCAGCUGAAGUGCGCUAAAAUUGAUCGGCUGAAACGAGCAACCAUAUGUAAGCGUUAUAUAAAUGAAAACACCACCGCAGGAUAUUUUCUUGAACACAAUUCGUAGAGUUCACAUCGGCAUUUGUUCCUAUUUAGCUAUGAUUACGGCAAGCAACAAACAAGUUCAAGUUUAUGGGUAAUUGUAGCCUAAAUGCUUUUUAAGGUCAUAGCCUGGUAAUAUGCACUUUUAAAUGCUUUUAUAGGAACAUAUUGUUUAGAAAAAAUAAUAAUCAAUCAGUUUCAUUAUGUAACAUAUUGUUAUAAGUAUCUCAGAGUGUACAAAAAAAUAAUUUUUGGUGUUUUAUAUUUGAAAUUUUUUUUCGUAGCAUUAAAGUCGGUGUCUCACAAAAAAGAGGGGAGAGCCCAGUGUUUUGGAACAUCUGAAGGAAAAAAGUCCAAAAAAUUAUUAUUUUGUGUUUCCGGUCGGCUCUAAUAAAACUUGCGAAAAAGUACCUACUUUCGCGAGAGCUAUUAAUGAGUAGAAUAAAUAUUCAAAUUAAAUUUCAGUCGGUUGGAUAGAAAGGUGUUUAUCAUGCUUUCCAAUCGUACAGUAUACGAGACGCUAUAGGUGCUAUAACUUCGUCAAUAUUUCGAAUUUCGUUCUAAAACUUUUACAGUGUAUUUUUAAAAGAGCUCCACAUAACCGGGUAUCGAGCACUGUAAGCAGCUCUGUACUCGUUCGUUACUCAACUGCUCAAAUGAUAGUUUGAAAUUUUUUAAAUUACAAUUUUUUUUGUAAAAUUUUUUUCUGUAUUUCAAUGAGUUUUACACUGUGCAUAAAUCAAUUUAAAAUUAUUGAAAGGAGUUCUGAUACGAAAGUCAAACUUUUUAUACCAAAAUGCUCGAAGCGCUCGAGUUCGUGCUCGUGGGCAGUGAACGAGGUAUGCAGCGCUCGUUGCUCAAAAUCUCGGUCAGCUUGAGCUCUAAUUUUUUAAUGAAUGAAAAAAAGUCGAUUUUCCGAAUAAAGUUACCAGACUACUACCUAAAGUAACAUACAUAAAUAUACAUAUGUAUUUACAUAAAUAUAUUUUUUAUUCUUUAAAACAGUGACAACGAGAUUUCCUUCUUAUAAAAAGCAAAAAACAAUAUUAGAGAAAUGUAGCGAAAAUGCAUAGUAGCGGUUUAUAAAAAUUAACAACAGUAAAAUUCAAAAUUCUUCUAAAACAUCAUCUUUAUCAUUAAGCAUUAAGAUUUCUUUAGUUAUAUACAUACCUAUGUAGAGAAAGUGAGAUUUAGCACAGAAAUGUCAUUUGCCAAAAUAUAACACAAAAAAAAAAAAAAAAAAAUAAAAAAAAA